GCCAAAAGUUGGUCAAGCUUGGCUGAAACUUUCCCCUCGUCUCCGAUUUCCUAUUUCGGUCUCAAACAAGAACGAAGAUGUCACCACACGCGCUAUCAUCAAAACAAGAAAGAAAACUCGUCGACUACCUAGACGACAGCUUCCUCAACAUGAUGAGGGGCUACAAAAAGCGUUCCCAACCUUCGUCGCAUUUACCGACCCUUCAGCUCUAUCUCGAAGCAGCAACGAAGAUACUCUCGAUAAUACUACAAAUCCCACCGGUCGACCCGUCGACAUCACUCCGGACGUCGUAUCUCCUUCAUCUCACCAACGACGUGCUGAGUUCCAUCGUGGGGUACGCACCAGAUCCCCAGAAUGUCGUGGACCUCAUGGACUGGCUAGACGACCUUGAUCAGGCUUGGCUGGCGGUCCUACAAUCCCAGGUGUGGGAUCCCAAGGAAGGCUUGGGCGUCGACCUGGUGAUCGACGUAGACUCCGUCGCGGCUGGGGUAAAGUCAUCUCCGCUGAGUCAGACGGAGCGAACGCGCCUGAGAAGUUUACUCCUCGGCGGUGUUGAGACGCUCGAGGAAUGGCUGUUUGGGUGGGAAGGCGACGGUGAUAGUAGUGAAAAUAUUCUGGAGGCUACGGGAUUGCAGGCGGCGUUUGAUGAGGUAUUUUCUCGGACACUUGAUGAGCUGGGAGGAUUAGGUGGAUUGAAUUUGGAUCGUAUUACUUUGGACGAUAGUUGUAAAACAGAACGAAUGGAUCCGGAGAUGGAAGUUUGACAAAACUAUAGCGGAAUAUUAGCUACGGACCUUGGAAACAUAUGACCAGAAUCUGUGCUCUAAGUAGA